CAGGGGAGAGCAUGCGUGUGCGGUCAGGGGCGUCACAAUAGGGGGGUAGGGGCCCCCGGGCUCCACUUUGUGGGGGGCAGCGCGGCGCCCCCUCGCCACCUCCACCGACGGCUGCCCUGCCUGAGAAGGAGGAGGAGGGAGGGAGACAGGGAGGGAGAGCUGGCCAAGCAGCCGAGCAGCUGCGUGCUCAAGUUGCCUCCGCUUCCCACAGACCCAGCGGGGGCGCGAGCUGAGGUCCGCCCUCCUUUCCCUCCGUCCCUCCCUGGGGGCAAGGCCUGCGGCUUAGAGCCCCUCCGCCUUCUCCGUCUCCUGCUGCGAAGCCCCCUCCCCUUUCCGUGGCUCCUGCUGCCGCUGCAGCCCAAGCAGAAGCGGUGGCGGCAUCUGCUGCACGCUCCGAGGGCGCGCCAACCCGGAAGCUGCUGAGGCGCUCCGCCACCAUGGGCUAUUGUUGCAGCCGCCAGGAGCGGCCCAUGUGCAGCCCUCGGAGUUGGGGCCAGAGGGGUUGGGCACGGCGUUGGGCCGCAGCCAGCAGGAGCAGUAAGUGGUGGUGGCGUUGCGGCUGGGGCUGGGGCUGGGCUGGUUAGGGACGCGGCUCCCACGCUGCCCUCACGCUGGAGCUCGAGGAGGGGAGGGAGAAACGGAGAGGAGGAAGCCGCUUCCCUGUUGCUCCUCCUUUCCCUUCGCGCGGGUUCCUUCCUCCCAGCGGCGUCGCUAGCGUUUAUGCGCGUGACGGACGCCCCCCCCCCGCCCCCGGUGCCUUCUGAUUUGCCGCCCCGGGCAGCCAGAAGGCUAGUGAUGCCGCUGUGCCUUGCUGAGCUGCUUCAGGCUCUUCUUGCGGGACCCGACGCGUCUCCAGCUCAGCUGCAGCCACAGUGAAGCAGGACGAUUUAUUUAUUUAUUUAUUUAUAUGCUUCUGGGGGGACAGCUGCCCCCCCGCCCCAUGCUGGGUAGGCCGCCCAUGCUUGUGUCUAGGAAUAUUUUGAUCCAAAAGCAUCAGACUGGUUGCCAAAAGUGUGAACUUCAUUAAUAGACCCUAUUUAAAGGAAUUGGUCAAUUAGCCACAGAAUUGCUUUGCUGAUUUUUUUCUCAUCUUCUUUUAAUUACGCAACUGCUUGGUCCUAGCUUCAUGCUGGGGAGGCUGGAGGCAAAGGGGAGGCCCGCUUGCCGAGUGCCCAGGGUGGCGCUGAGCUGCUCCUCCUGGCGCCAUGCACAAGCAAAAUGGGGCGGCAGCGUUGCCAUUGUUCUGCGCACUCCACUUUUGGGGGCAGCAGAGGCUUUCCGGAGGGGGAUUGGGGCCCCAAGGACAGGCAGCAGCCUAGGCAGGCUUCCCCAGCAGCCCAGAAAGUCGCCCUAUGUGAAUAAAAUGGUUGGACAGUGUUCUCAAAGCCACCAACAUGAGUCUGACCAAACUGCGGGAGACAGUGGAAAACAGGAGGGCCUGGCGUGCUCUGGUCCAUGGGGUCACGAAGAGUUGGACAUGACUAAAUGACUAAACAACAACAAAGGUGCUACCGGAAGGAAUUUAUUAUUAUUAUUAUUAUUAUUAUUAUUAUUUUGUUUCGGCUUGAGCUUCAGGUCCUCUCAUUUCAGAAUCGUAACCUCAUUCUCAGGGUUAGGGGGCAGUUGCCUCUCAGCCCAGCCCAGCUCAGAGGGCUGGAUGAAUGCCACCCAUUCUGCUGCUGGCUGACUGAUCACAGAGAGGCCCUGAGCAUCACAGAAUGUCACAGAAGACAUUUGUGAUGCAGGCGUUACCACGGGAGACAACAGAACUCCCUGCCUGAAGUCCGGUCAGAGCAGCAGAGCAGUUGCCCCAAAUGACAAACAUGAUGGAGGACAUAGACCGUUUGUUGUCGUUGCGGCUUCUUCUGCUUCUUUCCUGCCUGUGGGUAAGUAAGCCGCAGCACAGUUUUUAAGCAGAGCUUGGACAGCCAUCUGUCAUGGAUGCUUUUAGUUGAGAUUCCUGCCUCAUAGGGGGUUGGACUAGAUGACCCUUGGGUGUCCCUUCUAACUCUAGAAUUCUGAGCCUAGGGCUUGCCGAUCAGAAGGUCGGGCGGUUCAAAUUCCCACGACAGGGUGAGCUCCUGGUGAGCUCCUGUUGUUCGGUUCCUGCUUCUGCCAACCUAGCAGUUCAAAAGCACGUCAAAGUGCAAGCAGAUAAAUAGGUACCACUCCAAGCGGGAAGGUAAACGAUGUUUCCCUGUGUUCCUCUGGUUCGCCAGAAGUGGCUUAGUCCUGCUGGCUCCCUCGGCCAAGAACGCAAGAUGAGCUCCGCAACCCCAAAGUGGGUCACGACUGGACCUAAUGGUCAGGGGACCCUUUAUCUUUAGCCCUCUACUCACUUGUGAUUACUGCCGGUAGCUGCAAGUGGCUUUCAGAUGCAGAUCACCUCUGACAGUGGAGGCAGAGGGACAGAUGCAUCUUCGCACUCUCUUUGUACGGGCAUUUCUCCUGCCUGGACAAAAUGACCCCCCUCCUGUCUCUCCCUCUGUGCUGUUCUGAUGCUUUUAGAGGAAGCAGUGAGGGCCAAUUUAAAGAAGGGGAUUGGACAAGUUCAUGGAGGAGGAGAAGGCUAUGGCUGGCUCCCAGCCACAAUGGCUCUGCUCUGCCUCCACAUUCGGAGGCAGGAAGGCUUGUGAAUUCAAGCUGUUGGGAUCCACAGGAGGCAAGGGUGCUCUUGGGCUCAGAUCCUGCACCCACUAAACCAAGCCGCUGUCCUCGGGGUGUAAGGGAGGAUGUUGAAAUAGGAUUCAGCCAUCUGCCUGGGAGUAGGAACCUCCUUGUCCUCUGCUUCAGAUGGCAGAAAGCCUUGAACAGGCCCUGCAGACUAUGAAAAGGAUUCAGACCCGUUCACCUCCCCGCCCCCCUGCCUCUGUUGCCGUCCCUCUGUUGCCUUCAGCUCUGUUCUUUUUGCCUUGCUGUUCUCCAACAGAUUCUUCUUCGUCUCAAAAAGAAGAAAAAGCGCCAUGUAGCAGCAUGCAGGCGAGUCUUGAUUCCUGAAGUGCAGGGGGUUCGACUAGAUGACUUUGGGGGUCCCCUUUCAACUCUACAAUUCUGUGAUUCCAUGAAAAAUCAGACGGACAGCAUAAUCUGUCCCAGUUCCCCAAAGGUCAUAGAAUUGUAGACACUGAGAGUCAUCUAGACGGACCACUGGCCUGAUCCAGCAGACUCUUAUUAUGUUCUUAUGUUGCCCUGCUUCUCUAGUUUUUCUUAGGUUGUGCAGGAUCCUGACCUUAUAUCUGCACAACUUGGACAGGAAGGUGAAGCAUCUCGCUCAGCAAUGGCAACACAUCAUCUGCAGCUGAGUCGGCUGCCCCUAAAGCCCUGGUUUGGGGAAAGAACUAACAGGGAUUUCUGAGAGCAAGGAUGCGCUGCACCGGUGGACCUGACGCCUGUCAUCGCAGGAACUGCCGGGAUGUGCUUCCUCCCCUUUGCAGUGAUUGUUGCCGUCUGUCAAACAACUCCCCGAGAUCCAACCCACCCCAGGAUCCUGCCCACCCAGGGAGACAGAUCGAAUCCGCUGUCCAGGUCAAACAGCCCCCUGAGAUCAAUCCUGCCCCAGAAUCAAGCCCACCCAAGGAGAUAGACUGCAGGGGCAGGGAUAGGAAAGAGGAAGAACAAACAAGCAGUAGGUCCUCUGUGUGGAGAAGAUGGAGAAAUGCUAUUGGGUGACAGAAAGUGGAACUGCUAAACACUUACUUUGCCUCUGCCUUCAACUAAAGAGAUAAAAACAGGGGGAUGUUCAGGUAUGGGUCCAGAAAAAUAUUGUGGCCCUGUAUGUCCUAUGCCAGGGGUCAGGAAACUUUUUCAGCAGGGGGCCGGUCCACUGUCCCUCAGACCUUGUGGGGGGCCGGACUAUAUUUUGAAAAAAAAAUAUGAACAAAUUCCUAUGCCCCACAAAUAACCCAGAGAUGCAUUUUAAAUAAAAGGACACAUUCUACUCAUGUAAAAACACCAGGCAGGCCCCACAAAUAACCCAGAGAUGCAUCUAUAUAUAUAAAAAUGUAAAAACAUGAGAAGGAGGUUAUAUCCUUGGACUUGGCUCCAUGUUCUUUUCCUUCCAGUUGGGUUUUGUAUCAUAUUUUUGAGGAAAAUUAAAUCACACAAAGGGUUUGAAAGAGAAUUUUUCCUUAUAGGUUUUGAACUCGGCAGUGAGCAGUGUUUUUUUUUCCUUUUCUUUGUUUGCCCUCACAAUUGAACCAGCCCUUAGCACUAGGAUGGUUGGGGGUUCCCCAACUGGGUCCUCCCACCACUCCUCUGUAUCCAGCCAGUCCAUGACAUUGGCUACCAGGGGAUUGGUGGUGGGACGAUGAUGAGUGGUCAGAGGAAGAAGACUGGGAGAAGGUGGUUUUGGAAGCUGAAGGGGCAAUAGGUGUUGGUUGGCCAAGGUCAUUGAGGGUAUUAGAGGUUGAUUGCAGGUGUGAGGGUAUUGGCGGCGAGCUUUUGGCUCGAGUGGAGGUUAGGCAUUGGUAAAACCUGGUUUGGGGGUGGGGAGGUGUGGCCAUCACCUGCCCCUCCAUGUUAAAGGGUAUUCUGUUAAAGGAAUCCGGGGGUCAUGGUUCCUGUCCAAAGCCCAGGUGGAGGCUAGGGCCAUGACAUGACCUUCCAGUGACCCUGGGGGAGCUCCAAGUUGAUGUACACUAACAGGGCUGCCCCUACUGGUAGUUAACCCUUGUGAGACUUCCUGCACGGUGGACAGGAGUUGGAUAUAGUCAGUUCAAUUCCAGUGCCUAAGCCAAUGCCGCUCACAUUCUGUAACCAAUAAAGUUGUGGCCUAAGUUUUGCCCAUUAACCUAAUACAUGGUGUCCAUGUGUUAUUAUUCAACAUAAGGGGGAGGCCUCGGGGUCUUGACACGCAAUAGGGUUUAGUGAGCAGGAAGAGGCUGGGGCAGAGAGCAGUCCCAGCUCAGAGGCAGGAGAGGAGGCUAGAGAGGAGGAGGAGGAGGCAGGAGAGGAAGGGAUCCAAGAGGCAGCAAUGAGGCAGGCUGCUGAAGAAUUUGGGGACUCUCCCCCUCCUGCUGCAACCAGCUCUGGUCUCUUAGAAGACACAGGGAAAUGAAGAGCACAGAGCAGAGAUUGGUUGUGCACUCUGCAACUGCUUGGAGGGGGGGGGAACCCUGGAGAAGAGAGGUAUUAGACAGCUGUGGACAGGCAGGGACCUUCAGUUCUCACAACUGCCACAUUGGGGCAAAACCUACUGGAAGAGUUGGACCUAUGCUUGACUCUGGCUCCUGACAAUCAGUGACGCUUAUUCUGACUUGUGACCAGACUGUUAAUUCUCCUGGAAUGCUACCAGGUACACUGACGUUCAAAAUACAAAAGUCCAGUCAGCGUGCAAAACCCUACAUAAUUACAGGUAUUGUCUUUGGAAUGGCGUGCAUUUAUCAGAGGAGAAGCGGCUCUUUUUGGAGGGCAGGUAUGGUGGUGUGCAUAAAGGACAGUCUCAUUUGGCCCCCAAGCUACGCCAAGAUGAUACUGAUAGGCUUUAUGGCUCCAAUAAAUCCCUAGCUGAAGUGGAACACUUACACAAGAACAGGAAGUUGGCUUCAGAAUACCCCUACCUGAAGUGGAAUAGUAUUUAUAAAAGAACAGGAAAUUACCUUGAACUACUCAAAGAAGCACCAGGAUGUUCCUACUUUUUGAUGGACUGUCUUGGCUGCUUGAAUGCCCACUUCCAUUUCCCUAUACAAAAAUGUAUAAAGUGCCUUCACUAAGCAGCAAGCACCCACACCAGACAGCAGUCAUGCAGGGCAGCCACCUUGCUGUCCUCAUCCUGGAACUUCUCCUAUGCUGGUUUGAGCCACUGGCUGCAGUUCCGCAAAAAGGUAAGAGUUCCCUCUCAGAGAGGUGUGGGUGAUGAUGAUGAAUUCAAUUUAUAUACCGCCCUUUAGCAAAAGAUCCCAGGGUGGAAUUCUACAGCCCCCCCAAAAAAGGUAUCAUACAGCCUAAACAAUAUAAAAUUGCAUUAGAAACUAUACAGAAUGUGUCCUUGAACCUGAAGCUGAGAUUGAUCCAGCAAAAAUGGAUGUUUCUAGUACACUGGACUCCACAACAUUUGUCUAGGAAGGAACGAAGAGCUUUGGCUGCUCAAACAAAGCUUCCCAUUUCUAUGUGGAACACGAUAUAAAGUGGUUUUGGUUAGCAUGGGGGGACUCACAUCAAAUAUUAACACUGUUUUCUCUCUCAUUAUAACAGGGAAAAUCUGUAAGAAACCCUUGAGAAAUACAAGAGGAUAUCCGUCAAAAUGCAAACUCCCUGCAGAAACAGGAAGAUGCAAAGCAAGCUUUCCAAGUUUUUACUUUGAUCUCCAUACCAGGAAGUGUGAAGUAUUCGUUUACGGUGGCUGUGGAGGCAAUGCCAAUAACUUCAUGAAUCCGGUGGAUUGCAUUUGGGAAUGUGAAAGGUUUGACUUGCUGCCUAAUAAAUGCAAACUCCCGCUAAACAGGGGAGUAAGGGGCAGAAAAACCUCAAUAAGAUAUUUCUAUAAUUUCAAAAAGAAGACGUGUACAAUGUUCUUUUAUUAUGGCUCUGGAGGCAAUAACAACAACUUCCUGGAUUUUAGACAAUGUGUUCGAGAGUGUGCAGAUGUUGUAUAUAUGCCUAGGAGAUGUAUGCUCCCUGUAGUCAGCGGACCCUGUGGAUUCUACAUUCGUCGCUAUUUCUAUAAUACCAAGACUAAUAGAUGUGAGCUGUUUAUCUAUGGUGGCUGUAAAGGCAAUGAGAACAACUUUACAGAACGGAUUGAUUGCAUCCGUCAGUGCGAAAGUUAUGCUCCACGUGAAAACUAUGACCCCAGACAACGAUACCCCUGAUUAAUCUUUCAUGGAACAAAGGCACCAAGUGAAAGAAUGCUGACUCUCUUGCAGCUGUACCAAACUUUGUGGGAAUUUCUUGCCAAUGAACUCAACUUUUCUUCAGCAAAUUGUAGUCUGCUCUUUGAGUGUCACUGUCCUCAGUCUCUUUUUUAUCAAAUGUCCAUUUUGUUUCAUUAGUUGUUUGUUCUGCGAGGCUUCCCUGAUGCUACCUCAUUACUGGUGUCCAGAGGAGCUAUAGUGCAACAAAAGCAGGACAAAAAUGAUUUCAGUUACAGGAUAUGCACGGCUUCAAAAUGAAGCGGUGUGACCACCCCAGAACUUUUGCAUGUGGAAACAGCAUUAAAAGUGAGAUUGCGUAUGACCACCCCAUUAGCACUGUGAGCACAAAUCAUCAUAAACGUGUAAUAAAAAGGAAGUCUGAGGGGCCCCUCAAUAUGUAAUCUUCAAAGGAAUAAACAAUCUAACUACAUCCAGACCCAACAGAGUUAUAGGGAAACAGCUACUGUACUAUGGAGGGGACCUUAUGGAAUCCGAGUUAAUGCCACAAUGCCUUUAUACUUUUAUAAAGUAUAAGCUCCAAGCUAUUUUCCUAAACAAAAGUUUCCAAUAUUAGACCUCUGGGAAGAACCAUUUUCUCAGGCAAAUUGUUCUUCUUGUUCCAUAUAUUUAGAGUACUUUUCCUUGUUGCAAAUAUAGCAGGAAGGGAAAAAAAGAAAGGAGUGAAAUCAGCUUACAUUAGCUUACAUUAGCAAUAAUAAUAAUAAACAAUAAUAAUUUUUUUAUUUAUACCCCGCCCUUCCCAGUUUAAAAACCGGGCUCAGGGCAGCUAACAACAGAUAUAAAAACAUUGAUUAAAAACAACUUAAAAACAACUUAAAAACAGCAUAAAACACAUCAUCAGUAUAAGAACAACCCAUCUAUCCUAAUUGAAACAUGUGUAUUAAUAUACCGUAAGCAGUUCAUAUGUCCAAACAAAUAUCCAAAUAGCACUGAUGAUAAGAUAACAUGUUUCAAAUAUAAAAAGGCAACUGAAAAGCAAAUGAUGGGUGUAUAUCCUUCCAACACUGAAAUAUAAAAGUCUUUUCACAACUAUAAGGAUCUACUUUUGCUGUCCACCAC